CUUAAAAAUGAUUUAUCUUUAAUGAAGGUUUUAAUUUUUCUUAAGAAAGCAAAAAACCCAAAGGAACAGAAGUAAGACGCCAUAAAAAAAAAAGGAUUUUUCCUUAUUAUUGAAGUUGACAAAAUGCUGUGAAAAGGAACAGGAAGGGAACAGUGAUAAGAUUUGUGGAUAAGGCGAUUUCUUUUCUGUGUAUAAUAUGAUGAAUCAAGACAAUAGCCAAGAGAAUAACCCUAAUGCAUCGGAAGAUUUUCUGCUGAAGCCCAAACGUGGUCGCCCGAGAAAACAUCCAAAAUAUACUCUACAUGAGGGGCAGGAUGCUCGGACUCCAUGGAAUCAGAACCCGAACCGUAUCCCACCUGGAUUUGAAGGGGUGAAUGGCAAUCAGUCGCAACAAAUGAAUCCAAUCAAUGAUGCAAAUGAUAUAACGGUUGGUCAGGCUGUUAGUGGUGUUAUCGAUGCCGCAUUUGAUGCAGGAUAUUUGCUUACCGUUAGGGUCGGUGACACUGACACAACUUUAAGGGGUGUGGUUUUCAAGCCCGGGAAUUUUGUUCCUGUUUCAGCGGAGAAUGACGUGGCUCCAAAUCUCCAAAUGAUUAGAAGAAACGAGAUUCCCUUCCCCCAUGAGAGGAAUGGAACUGCUCUUCCAGUCAACGGACCAGCUCUCUCCAACCAGGUGCCAUGUGCCCGGGCUUCGAAUACUGGAGCCUUAAAAAGCAAGCAUAUGCAGUCGGGGGCAACCCAGUAUGUUUCUCCACUAUUGUCCAGGGGCACAGUGGUGCCUGUUGUGUUAAAACCUGCUGCCGGUUUUUCGAAUGGCAAAGUUGCCAGUCAACAAUUAAGCCAACCUCCUCAUUUGGCAGCCUGUAAAGGCAAACAAGUGUCUGGAGAUGCCAAUACAGCAAAGGAAAAUCCCGUCAACCCGAUGCCAAUGGUUGGAAACCAAAUAUUUCCUACUCAACCUCAAAGUAAUAACUACAACGUGCCAAAAGGCAUGCAAAGUGAAACUGUUCCAUAUGGUCAACUCCCAACUGAGGGUUUACAUGAUAAAGACCCUAAAUCAAUGACUGACAUGCCUUUUGAGAAACUAUUAACUGAAGUCAUGAAAAGGGUUCAAGUCCCUGCACAAUCACCGGGAAGUCAAAUGGUAAUUCAUCGGUCAAAUAUUUCGGACAUAAAAUGGAAGAUGAUCAGCCACUCUCUAUUGAACCGCUACAAGCCAUACAGCCUACUCAUCCUACUGUAUUCAAACCUUUGGAAAAUUUCAGAACUGGCAAGAUGACUGAGCUAUUGCAGGCUGUUCAAGAGAACAUGAGGGAAAACCAAGCAUCUCAUAUCGAACAGACAGCCAUUGGUUCUGAAGAAACCGAGAGAUCAAGAAAGACAUGAUUCCAACAAGCAGUCAUGAGUUUCGAAUGUCGCAAAUAUUGUAGAGCGUUUUUAAUUGAAUUGAAUACUGUGCAAAAUGUUUUCAAUCCUAAAAAAAGUAUAGGAGCUAGACUUACCCUGGAGGUUUAACCUUAAAAGUUACAAUAGGCUGCAUCAGAUUUCCCUUUGACCUUUUAGGAUCAAAGCAGUUUCAAUAGAAUAAAGCUUUCCAGUUUAUAGAUAUGUAGAAAAGCUAUCUUUCAUGUUACUUGAAGCUCUGUCAUAACUUAGUAUGCCGGGAAACAUUAGUUUCUUGUUAAAUACAUGCGGCUUCCUUUUCUUAUGAACA